GAGCCGUGACGUGAUGCGAGCGGCCCGUGUUGGUUCCAGCUGACAGGCGGAGGGAGAAAAGCGAAAACCAAGAAAAAAUGCGCGAGUGUGCGCGCGCGUGAAGGUAAGAGAGGGAGGGAGCGCGCGAGGGAAAGGAAAAUAAGAGCCAUCAUCUAGCUGGCUCUCACCACUGCUGGAUUUUAUUCUUUUUUUUCUUUUUGGGGGAAUCUUUUUAUUUUUUUGAUUGGAUCAUUUCUGCCAUAUUCAGCCUGAGAUCUGGUGGAUCAUUCCAACUUGGAGACUUCCCUCCGCAGAUUCUUUCAUUUUGCUGAUUCUAAUCAUCUGCUCGGUACAUUGGACUACAGUCAGGAGCCUUCCUCUCCGCUUUUAUUAAUACUCUGACUGUUUGCUGCUGAAUCUUUGCAGCCUGUGGGACUGACAGCAGAGCUGGACCGGUUUUAUUUCCACACCUUUAAACAGGACUUGGAUCAGUCGCUCAGAAGUGCAGCGCUGUUUGUUUCCAGAGAAAAGCGGCGGUAGCAACUCCUGAGGGAUGAAUUAAACCUGCUCAACAUGCUGCCAUUUUGGAAAUAAACCCCCACCUCUGUUGCAUAUUUUUAUUAUAUUGCAUGAGCUAAAGGAAAGCGGGGUUUUAGUGGUAAUCUCACGCACGCCUCACCUGUCCGCGCACCUGAUUUUAUUUUAUUUUUUAACUGCGCGCGCGUUAACUACAAUCUCCAGGUGAAUCAUUUUGAUAUUGAGCUUCAACUCUGCGCUUUACUCCACUUCACCUCCCCCCUUCUCCUCCUCUUCAUCAUUCCCCCCCCUUUCCAAAAGUUAUGUCAAGGCCUCUUACGCAGCUCCUGCCGCCGGAUCUACCUGCAGGGGCCGCCAGCCCGCAGUUUGGGGCCAGCAACCCUGCUGGAAGUGGCCCCCAAGGCGGACACCUGACCUCCAUGACCAACUUGAAGUCCCUGCUCCAGCUGCCAAUCAAGGCCGACCAGAGGGUCACCAAGGACUGUUGCGAGAUGAAGGACAAAGACAAGCCCCAAGACUCUGAAGAGGACACACUGGGCAUCAACAAUGGAGGGCCCGGCGGGACAGGAGGAACCCCAAGCACCGGUUCGCUGCGACCCAACUCCCAGUCAGCCUUCCUUGGUCCUCUGCUGUGGGAAAAGACUCUUCCAUGUGAUGGAGGCCUCUUCCAGCUGCAGUACAUGGACCUGGAGGAGUUCCUGACUGAGAAUGGGAUGGGGAUGCACAGCAACGGGCCCAGCUCAACCAGCGCCCAAAUACCCUCCCAGAGCUCCCAGUCUGCAGUGCCGAACCAAAGCUCCCAGUGUCCUCCCACUUCUCCUCCACCUUGUUCCUCCUCUUCCUCCUCGAUGUCUUCUUCAUCCUCCUCCUCCUCACUUCUGGGAUUGGAGACUGUCCAGCCGCAGGCUCCGCUGCCCCCACCUCAACAGCAGCAGAGCAUUAUGGGAGGACCAGAGUUACUAAAUGGAGGGCAGUCAGUGCCCCAGGACCCCUCACCUACUUCAACCUGUCCUCCGGGACCACCUGGACCUCCGGCUGGUGCUAAUGGCAACAGCGACAUCAUGGUGAACUUUGACCCCGAUCCGGCAGACCUGGCGCUGUCCAGCGUCCCGGGCCAAGAGGCUUUUGACCCACGGCGGCAUCGCUUCUCAGACGACGAGCUGAAGCCUCAGCCGAUGAUCAAAAAGGCUCGGAAAAUGCUGGUCCCCGAUGAACAGAAGGACGAGAAGUACUGGAGCAGGCGUUUGAAAAACAACGAGGCGGCCAAACGCUCGAGGGAUGCCCGACGGCUGAAGGAGAACCAGAUCUCGGUGCGCGCCGCCUUCCUGGAGCGAGAGAACGCCGCCCUUCGUCAGGAGGUCGCCGACAUGAGGAAGGAGCUAGGCCGCUGCAGGAACAUCAUCAACAAGUACGAGAGCAGGCAUGGAGACUUGUGAGGCGAAGGAGGCGGGCGGAAGAGAGGAUCGGGAAUGGAAGAGGAGAUGAGAGAAGGGUACUACCCGACAACAAGCGGCACUUUAUUUGAAGUGGCGAGGGGGCAAAGCUGGAGUAGAUUUGCAGGAAGCGCUGGGUGACGCCGAGCGCAAACACCACUAGUUUGGUCGAGUGUGUUUUAGUGCAGGAUUCCAUGACAGAAAGCACAGCGAUGCCACACCCCCAAGCCUGACUCUUCGUAUUUGCUGUUUCACUGAAUCCUCACUCUGUACUGUAAGGUCACAUUGCAGCACUUCAACAGCAGCCGUCCUACUUCAUGCUGUGCUUGCGCCCGGUGUUGCUCUGCGUUUUUUUGCAGGUAGAGCUUUCUGACCUGUUGCUCUGGCCAGUUCAAACAGGGUGUUGAGUUCACAGUAUGCCAGUGAAAUUUCACUUUUUAAGCUCAAGGCAUGGACAAAAGCCAGGAGAGAACAGAUGAGUUAUUGUUUAGGGUUUUUUUCUAUAACUAGUACAAAAAUCUUAUAUUUUUGAACUGGGCAGGAAGGCAAGACAAGUCCAGCAAAAACUUUUGAGAGGGAGGAAGGUAAACAUGCAGGGUUAUCGCCCAGAACGCAAAGAGAUUUUGACAAAUGAUUACUGUAUAUUUUUCUAUUAGCAGAGAUAUCACGGAGGGGGAUUUUAGAGACAAUCUUUUGUACAUUUUAUAUAUGGGGAAGGGGUGGGAAUAUCAGCUGGACAGUCACGGGGCCACAUAUAACUCUUUUCCUCUAAGCUGAUUAUUGCUAGAAAACAAAAGAUCUAUUUUCGAUGUUACGGAGCUGGUCAGUCAGAGGCGGAUGUGUAACAGAGAAUGUAUCAAGGUUGAAUCAGGUAUUUCACACAGACAAGGCGAGGUAACUCAGUGAGGAUUGUUUAGUUUUUUUGUUUUUUUUUCCUGUGUGACGAAAGGAGAUGGCGGCAUGACCAGAGGAAGAGACAAAAACUGUAUAGCUUAAGAAUUUUUAGUGUUUGUUUUUCCUUGUGAGCUCGUUUUGAAUUUUCUUCUUCUACUUGAUUCCGUGUCUGACUUUUAAUAAUCUUUAAUUUUCGAAGGUGAAGCAGAAAAAGAAAAGAAAACAAAAAAAAACAGGAAGCAAUCAGCCAUCCUAACAGCUGGAUGUGA